AUGGUGUGGCCGAGAUUCCUUUCCCGGCCCUGGGGAAGGAUGACCUUCCUUCUUAUGAGGCCGUGGAGAAACUGUAAUGCGAUCGAUGAAGAUGGAAGGACCUGGUGUAACGAUUCCAACUUGGCCACGUUCGUUUGGCCUAGCACUUUGGUUGCACCCAUGAUCAAAGUGACGGUCUUGGCUUCACCCAGCCAUAGUUAUGCCCAAAAUGAUGGCCUUGGCCAUGGCCGGAGCGACGGCCUUGAUUGCAACCCGGUUUCACCCGUGUCUAGAGUGACGUUCUCGCCUAUGGUCGGAGUGACGAUCUUGGCUUCACCCAGCCAUAGUUGUGCCCAGAAUGAUGGCCCUGGGGAUGGCCGGAGUGACGGCCUUGAUUGCAACCCGGUUUCACUCAUGUCCAGAAUGACGUCCUCGCCCAUGGUCGGAGUGACGACCGUGACUUUAGCCGGCUGCACCCAUGUCCAGAGUGACGGCCUCGGCCAUGGCCCGAGUGACGGCCUUGGCUAUGGCCGCGGUCAGCGGAAACGGGGGCGGUGGAGGCACCGCCUAGGGAAGAAUCAUCUGCCUGCUCUAGCGAGGGGAUCAAGAAGCAACCGUUCAUAG